AUGUGGAAAAUGAUAUUUCUAUUAUGUUUAAUAACUUAUGUGAAUUUUAUUACAUCAAAUCCUACAACACAAUCAGAUUAUCUUCUACAAGCAGAAGCUAAUACAACAAGCUUAGAUAUUACCGAACAUUUAACUGGGGAGUUUACAGUUACAGAAAUGUCAUCUACAUCAACGAAUUCCGAACCCAUUAUAAAAUCUGACCAUGACACAGCAUCGGUUGAAGAAGUUACUUCAAAUGAACCGUACGAAACAACCACUGAGUCUGAUGAAACAAAUGAUACAGAGCAUAAUUUAGACUUCGCAACAGAUAACCAUCAUCCAUAUGAACAUCAUAAUGAUAACCACGAAAAUCACGAGGACGACCACGACCACGAACAUGAUCACCAACAUGACCACGAGCAUGAUCAUGAACAUUAUCAUGAACACGAACAUAACCACAACAAGGCAGAUCAAUCAUUUCAUUUAUCAAAAAACAUACAUAAAAGAACCAGAGGUAAACAUUCUGACUCAACUAAUCCCAAAAAAGUCAAUAAAUUAUAA